UAGUAUUUCACCCGGAAGUGGACGGAGGAGGAAAACGACGGUGGAGGGAUUGUUAUGUUCUCGCCAUUGUAGUCUUUUUUAGUUUGCGUUGCUAUUUUGAAUAUUCGGAGAGAUAUCAAACAGAUUUGGAUUUAAUUACACCCAAAGAGAGAUUUAAUCUCAUUGUGCGUUUAUAAGCGAUGUCUGUUGUGCCUCCCAGUCGCUCAAGCACAGGUUGGCCGCGCGGUGCUGGCGCUCAGUUUGGAAGCAAAUACAUGACUGGCCCGGCGAAGCCUCUCACCCUGGAGAGGACCAUCAACCUAUACCCUCUCACCAACUACACGUUCGGGACCAAGGAGCCCCUGUAUGAGAAGGACAGCUCUGUGGCGGCCAGGUUCCAACGGAUGCGUGAUGAGUUUGACAAGAUGGGAAUGAGGAGGACAGUGGAGGGUGUCCUCAUUGUCCAUGAGCACAGGCUGCCUCAUGUCUUACUUCUGCAGCUGGGCACUACUUUCUUCAAACUGCCUGGUGGUGAGUUGAGUCCUGGAGAAGAUGAAGUGGAGGGUUUGAAGCGCCUGAUGACGGAGAUUCUCGGACGACAGGAUGGAGUGAAACAGGACUGGGUAAUUGACGACAGCAUUGGCAACUGGUGGCGUCCUAACUUUGAGCCACCACAGUAUCCUUAUAUUCCAGCUCACAUUACCAAACCUAAGGAGCAUAAAAAACUUUUCCUGGUGCAGUUACAGGAAAAAGCAUUGUUUGCCGUUCCGAAAAAUUACAAACUGGUGGCAGCUCCGUUGUUCGAACUGUAUGACAACGCCCCUGGAUAUGGACCUAUCAUUUCCAGUCUACCGCAGCUACUUAGCCGGUUCAACUUCAUCUACAAUUAAGUGAAGUUCAUCUGGCUGUCUCUGUGAGUGCAGCGCAUUCGAAGUGAAACUUGAUGAAAGAAAAAGUGGAGAAAUACACCCAUCUUUAGCUCUACUUUCACAUCAUAGAAAUGUGUCCCAUACUGAACAUACUGAUGGGGCAGGAAAACAAAUGUUUUUUGUUUUGUUUUGUUUUUUAUCUUGAUAAACUGCUGGUUUUUGUAGUACACAUUUAUAUUGCAUAAUGUUCACUUCUGAUUUUAAGCCUUCUCAGAAAAGGUUUGAUCAAACCAACAAUAACAUUGCAUUUGUUGUUAUUUUAAACUGUAUUUUUUUCUUUUUAAUAAAAAAAGGCAUUCAGUUA